AUGCCGCGCGAGAUCAUCACUCUGCAGGCAGGCCAAUGUGGCAAUCAAAUUGGCAUGGAAUUUUGGAAACAGUUGUGUGUAGAACAUGGGAUUUCUGCGGACGGGAUUGUACAAGACUUUGCUACGUCGGGUCAUGAUCGUAAGGACGUAUUCUUUUACCAGGCAGACGAUGAGCAUUAUAUUCCUCGUGCUCUUCUUAUGGAUUUAGAACCUCGUGUGAUUAAUAGUAUCAGUACUUCGACCUUUAAAAACUUAUAUAAUCCUGAAAACUUUUUUGUGUCCAAGGAAGGUGGUGGUGCAGGUAAUAAUUGGGCCUCUGGGUAUCACCAAGGCGAGAGUCAUCAUGAUCAAUUAAUGGAAAUGAUUGACAGAGAAGCUGAUGGUUCCGAUAGUCUUGAAGGUUUUGUAUUAUGUCAUUCAAUUGCUGGAGGUACUGGAUCUGGUAUGGGCUCGUACUUAUUGGAGAAUCUAAAUGAUCAUUUUCCCAAGAAACUUAUUCAGACGUACUCGGUGUUCCCGAAUCAAUCCGAUUUUCAAAGUGAUGUGGUAGUACAACCAUACAAUUCUCUUUUAACUAUGAAGAGAUUGGUCUUGAAUGCAGAUUCCGUUGUAGUACUGGAUAAUACAGCACUAAACAGGAUUGCAGUUGAGAGAUUGAGAGUGGAAAAUCCGACAGUGUCCCAGUUAAAUUCUCUCGUGUCCACAGUCAUGGCAGCGAGUACAACGACAUUGAGAUAUCCAGGAUACAUGAACAAUGAUCUUAUUGGACUCGUAGCGUCAUUGAUUCCUACUCCACGAUGUCAUUUUUUAAUGACGGGAUAUACCCCUCUAACGCUUGAUGCGCAGGUGUCCGCCGUGAGAAAAACAACGGUGUUGGAUGUAAUGCGACGUCUAUUGCAACCAAAAAAUAUUAUGGUGAGCACGUCUACCAAGACAGGGUGCUAUAUCUCGAUCUUGAACAUUAUUCAGGGAGAUGUGGACCCCACUCAAGUGCAUAAAUCUCUGCAACGAAUUCGAGAACGAAAACUUGCGCGAUUUAUUCCUUGGGGACCUGCAUCGAUUCAAGUGGCAUUGUCGCGGAAGUCACCGUACGUAGAGACGGCACAUAAGGUGAAUGGUCUCAUGCUGGCCAAUCAUACAAGCAUCGGAGCAUUGUUUCACAAGUUGCUGCUGCAGUACGACCGACUUAAAAAACAUGGCGCUUUUAUUGAGAAUUACCGGAAGGAGCCCAUGUUUGCAGAGAACCUCGACGAGUUCGAUAGUGCACGCGAGGUGGUGCAGAAUCUGGUGGACGAGUACAAGGCUAGUGAGCGCGCAGACUAUGCGACGUGGGGACAGCCACCUCCGCAGACCGCUACCAGCGCAAUGGACGACGUUCGCAUGUCAUAUUAG